UCUCUCUGUCUGCAGCAGGAUCAGCGAAGGCUUUGGGGAGGGAGCUGCUGCUGCUUACAAAGGGAGCUGUGAUGACACCAGAGGAUCUCUUAAACACCUUAGAUGAUUUGGGAGAUGGGGAGUUCAAAAAAUUCAAGUGGUUCCUACAGCAGGCCGACAUCGUUCAAGGCCUCCCAACCAUCAAGAAAAGCAGACUAGAGAUGACAAACAGGUGGGACACUGUGGACCUGAUGGUGCAGACCUACAGACUUCCUGGAGCUGUGAAGGUGACCAGGAAGGUUUUAGAGUGGAUCAGCAGGAAUGACCUGCUGCUCAGUUUGUCUGCCAGCAGGUCCAGACCAGAAGAUAUGGUGGUUCCAGUACCAGAGCCUCGCCCCAUCAUGUUUUACAAGCAGAUGCUUCAAUCAAACUUCCAGGACAAGUUCAUGUGCGCACAAGAAGGGUGGACAGAAGAUAAAUUGCAUCUAACUGAUAUCUACACAGAGCUGUACAUCACAGCUGGGUAUGAUGUACAUAUCAACACACAGCAUGAGGUCCGGCAGAUUGAGAAAGUAUGGAAGCCAGCAGAGCCAGAGAAACCUAUUAGACCCACAGACAUCAUCCCAGAAACUGUAGGCAUCCCACAGGAGGCUCUUAAUUACAUCUUUACAGAUGUUCAGUCAUCAGGAAUCACCAACUAUGACAAGAGUAAAUUCAAACUUCUGUUUGUGUUUGAUGGGCUGGAUGAGAGCCGCCUUCAUCUCGACCUUCAUUCUGAAGACAUUCGCUCUGUCGAUGUAACAACGGCAGCUAAAACAGAUGUCCUGCUGAGGAAACUCAUCAAUGGGAAACUGCUACGCUCUGCUCGCAUCUGGGUAACCACACGGCCUGCAGCGGCCAAUCAGAUCCCUCGAGAGUUUAUCAGCAGUACAACAGAGGUCAGGGGGUUCACUGACCCACAGAAAGAGGAGUACUUCAGGAAGAGAUUCAAAGGUAAGGAGGAGGCUGACAAACUCAUCUCCCAUAUCGUGACAUCAGGAAGCCUCCACAUCAUGUGCCACAUCCCAGUCUUCUGCUGGAUCACUGCAACAGUUCUGGAGGAUGUGUUGAAAACCAGAGAGGGAGGAGAGCUGCCCAAGACUCUGACUGAGAUGUACGCAGAGUUCCUGGUGUUUCAGAUUGAUCGGACAAAAGAAAAGUAUGGCCCAGAGAAGAGCAUUCAAUACGUUAAGUCAUUAGCAAAACUGGCCUUUGAGCAGCUGGAAAAGGGCAACCUGAUCUUUUAUGAGAAGGAUCUGAGACAGAGCGGCAUUGAUUUCAGUGAAGCCUCGGUGUGCUCAGGAGUGUUCACAGAGAUCUUCAAAGAAGAUCGAGGAAGGAAAGGGAAAGACAAGAUGUUCAGCUUCGUCCAUCUGAGCGUUCAGGAGUUUCUGGCUGCUCUUUAUGUGAGGAUGUCGCUUAUAAAUAGCAACAAAAAUGUGAUGCUUUCACCACCGCUGUCUCUGCGCAUUCUUCGACUGCUUUUCAGUAAAAUAUCUUCAAAGAAGAUCCACAGGAUUUCGAUUGACAGGGCCUUACAGAGUUCAAACGGACACCUGGACUUGUUCCUUCGCUUCCUCUUGGGUCUUUCACUGCAGACCAAUCAGGAUAAACUACAGAGCCUACUGAAAAAAACAGACUGUCGGUCAAAAACCAACCAGAAAACAAUCCAAUACAUCAAGGAGAAGCUCAGUGAGAAUCUGUCUCCAGAGAGAAACAUUAAUCUUCUCCACUGUCUGAAUGAACUAAAUGAUCGUUCUCUAAUAGAGGAGAUCCAACAGUAUUUAAGUUCAGGAAGCCUCUCCACAUAUGAACUUUCUCCAGCUCAGUGGUCAGCUUUGGUCUUCAUCUUACUGUCAUCAGAAGAAGAUCUGCAUGUUUUUGACCUGAAGAAGUACUCUGCUUCAGAGGAGGCUCUUCUGAGGCUUUUGCUAGUGGUCAAAGCCUCAAAAACAGCUCUGCUGAGCAGCUGCAAUUUGUCAGAAAGAACCUGUGAAGCUCUGUCUUCGGUACUAAGCUCACAGGUCUCCAGUCUGACAGAGCUGGACCUGAGUAACAAUGACCUGAAGGAUUUAGGAGUGAUGCUGCUAUCGUCUGGAUUGGAAAGUCCACGCUGUGCACUGAAAAUUCUCAGGCUGUCAGGCUGUCAGAUCUCAGAGGAAGGCUGUAUCUGUUUGGCCUCAGCUCUGAAAUCCAACCCCUCACGCUUGAGAGAGCUGGACCUGAGCUACAACCAUCCAGGAGACCUAGGGGUAAAGCUACUGACUGCUGGACUAAAGGAUCCACAGUGGAGACUGGACAGUCUCAGCCUGGAGCAUAGUGGAGCGCAAAGGCUGAAACCUGGUCUGAAAAAGUAUUUCUGUGAACUUGCACUGGAUGCAAACACAGCAAACAGGAAACUCAAACUGUCAGACAACAACAGGCAGGUGACGGCAGUGACAGAGAAGCAGCCUUUUUCUGUUCAUCCAGAGAGGUUUGAUGUCUGGCUUCAGCUGCUAUGUACCACUGGGCUGACUGGUCGCUGUUACUGGGAGGUCGAGUGGAAAGGAUUUGUUUUUAUAGCAGUGAGUUACAGGAGCGUCAGAAGGAGAGGAAACAGUUAUGACUGCAGGUUUGGAGGGAACGAUCACUCCUGGAGUCUGAGGUGUGCUGAAGAUGAAAGUUUCUCGGUUUGGCACAAUAACAGAGAAACAGCCAUCCCCUCCUCCUCCUCCGCCUCUCACAGAGUAGCGGUGUAUGUGGAUUGGCCGGCUGGUACUCUGACCUUCUACAGAAUUUCUUCCGGCUCACCGAUCCAUCUCUACACCUUCCACACCACCUUCAGCAAACCCCUGUACCCUGGGUUCUGGUUAGUGUCACAUGGUUCUUCAGUGUCCCUCUGCUCACUGUAGCACGUGCGGUUGCUGGCAGAAAGGUUUUGAUUUUGAGUGUUGAACAUAUGAAGUAUGUGUGGGGAU